AUGCGCAUACAUCCAGUUUUCCAUAUAAACCUCUUAACAAAGUUCCACUCUGAUCCCCAUGGACAAGAUCCUCCCCAACCUGCACCUAUUGUCACAGAAGAAGGUGAGGAGGAAUAUGAAGUAGAAAAAAUCCUGGAUAGCAAAUGGAAAGAAUACAGAAAGGCAAGAAAGUUAUGGUACCUGGUUAAAUGGAAAGGAUAUGACAAAGGAAGCAAUUCAUGGGAGCCGGUUGAUAAUGUGGCCAAUGCCAAAGAAGCAAAAGAAGAUUUCCACAAGGAGCACCCUGAGGCAGUAGGAGCUUGA